AUGGAGUAUCAACCAGCACCGACACCAUCUUAUUCGGCCUCGGCUUCUGCCCCGGUUCCAGCUUCGGUCCCAAUGCCAUCGGACCCUAGGCUAGAACGCCCCGUCUCUACUCCUUUUGCCGCAAUAGACAUACGAUCGAUAAAAACAGCCUGCGAAUACUCUAUGGGCGAGUAUCUCGCCUUACAAAAGAGACGACGGUAUGACGACCCAGCUAGUGGGGAUCGCCUCCUUACGCAGCAAGGCAUCGUUAUGAGUGAUCUACAGGCAUUGCGCAGCGAGGUGGCAGACUUAGCUAAGACAGCCGAGUCUCAUAGAUGGCGCCGAUGGAUCUUGAGCGGUCUUGCUGCGUCUUUCAUCCCUGCUGUCCGUAGAAUAUUUCGUCGUUCAUCGAAAGACAACGAGUCCAAUGAUACCGAGUACGCCUUCAAGAGAAGUAAGUCACUUAUUGGGCGUAUUUUAGAUUCUGUACGUGGCAAAGGCAAGCUAGCAUCAGUAGCUUUCUUUGUAUUAGCGAUCCUGUACGUGUUUCAAAGCGAAGUAUCGAUCCGAGUUGCUAGAACGAUAUCGAAGCGACUUAAGCGGCUCAUGGCUAAGGUCGAGAGAGGUGAUCAAGGCCUCGGGGAUGACGACAUGAAGAUCCUCAAAGGCUGGCGUUGGCGGGUUCUUCUAUGGUAA